GCCUUCACAUUUUAGCAACUGUUUUUCGACAGUAUUAAUACGUGUUUCUUCCACUGUUCUAUAGAAUUGAGUUAAGGCUAAACCAAAUAAUUUACCGCAUUUACUUUUACUUCUACAAUACUAUUGAGUGUUUAAGUUCUCAGGAAUGGUAGUGAUUUUCACUUUGUGAAGAAGAUAAAAGCCGUUUGAAGAGAAUGAUAUUUAGUCUAUUUCUUCAUACCAUCUUCUAAAGGCUUCAAUUUAUUAUUGUGGCAAUGUCAUCCGUAGCUAAUAACAUUAGUCGUUCGCAUGACAUAAAAGCUAUGCAUUUGGUGCAGCGAACUUUCUAAUGGGAACGAUCAAUUGUGACGACGGUACCAAAACAAAAUAUAAUCUACGAGAAAUUGCCAAAAUCAACCACAUAGCUAAGUUCGUAGUUGCUGGAAUGUUCGUGUGGCGAAGUUUUAGUAACGACCUACUAUAUAGGGGCUGAAGAAGCUAUAAGUAAGAAAAUGAAAACCCGAAUAACAAUGAAUUAGAGAUAUGGAUAAGUGUAUAUCUAUGAAAUCGGAACUCUUAGAUAUAUAAAAUUGCAGUGAUCGAACUCAAAUUAGAGUUAACACGUAGACGGUUUGUCGAGAAAUCUGCGGGCUGUGUACAUUCGCUUAUAUUCGGAGACAUGUUUAUCAUGUGCUUACACAGGAGCCAAUUUCGAUUAGUAGUUUGUUUUUGACAACAGCAAAGAUUAGUCACGUUUUUGUGUGUUACUCAAGUUUUGACUUUUGAAAGAAAUGGAUUAAAGAAUAUGUAUUAAGUUUUGCGUUAAAAAUGGAAUAAAGUGCUCCAAGGACUUGAAAUGUUGACUGUAGAGUUUGGUGAGUCUACUUUGUCUCAAAAAAGUGUUUAUAAGUAGCGCUUAACCGUUUUCACCAGAUUUGGCUCCCUACGACUUUUGCCUACUCCCAAAACUGAAGAAACCAAUGAAAGGAAAGCGUUUUGCCACAAUUGAUGAGAUUAAGUCAGAAUCGAGAAAGAGCUAAUGGCCAUACCGAAAAACGCAUUUCGCAGUGCUUCGAGAAUUGGAAAAAGCGUUGACACAAGUAAAUUAUAUCCGAGGGGGACUACUUUGAAGGGACCAAAAUAGAUAUUAAUGAAUAAAUAAGUACUUUUCAAAAAAUAAGUACUUUUGAAAAAAUUCAAAAUUCACCUUUUCCUAUGAACAUACCACGUAUAUGUAUGUAUGUACAUAUAAUGUGAAAUUCAAUCACGACAGAAUGUUUCCAUAAUAUGGGUGCGUUCGAGCUACGUAAUAAUUACAGCGGUACAGCAACUGUGUUGCAUAUUUUCUGAUACUCUGCUGAUGUGCAAACAAAAAUUGAAUGUUACCCAUUAUAUGCAUAAAUUGCGCACAAAAAGUGAUAGUAGAACGUAAUGCUGGUGCAAGUGUUGCCAGAAAUUCACGCAGAACGUGAUACUUUGACAAAUUUUGCAAAAGUGGUGUCGUGAUUGCCGUCUCGGUUGAUUAAUUUCAUAAUUUUAUUCUCCAAAAUUAUUGGUAAUAAAUAAGAUCUCUUUACAAUUUUAAGACAUCUAGGAUACUUUAAUGAGUUUAUACAUUUGACCCUGCUAUUCAUAAACACAUGUAUAAACUCAAUGAAGAUUUCUAAAUGUGUUACCGCUGAUGAGGGACAGAAAAUACUUUAUUUAUUUAUUUAUUUAAACGCCAAUCGGCAAUAUACAUAGAUAUAAUAAAGAAUUAAAGUAUUAUACAAAAGUGGCUAGGGUAUAUUUGUAUAAUAUCUGGAAAAUAUUAAAAUAAUUGUAAGUUAACAUGUAAUUCAGAGUUUAUUGAGCUGAGAAUAUUUUCAUUAUUGUUUUAUUUGACAAAAUUUGUUGCUUAUAUACUAUUUACAAAUCUUACUUAUCUAAUUAAAUAUAUAUGCAUCUGUGUAUGUUUGCAUGCAUAUCACAUGGGGUUGUUUCUAAGUAUACAACUCAAUACAUGUGUGUACACAAUGUUUAUGCUGCAUGAUAUGGUAUUGUUUUCAAGUGCCCAUGUGUAUUAUGGCGAACACGAAUACCAGAAGAAAUCAGAAUCGACGAUAAACUACCAGAAGCAUCUAGACAGCGAAUUCGUAGUUGCCAGAAUGUUCUAGUAGCGAACUUUUGUUAAAAAUUUACUAUAUAAGGGCUGCCGGACUGUGCAGCAGGGACAGUUCUAAUUAGAGUGUUGCCGUGCAAAGAGCAAUUAAGCUAUAAGCAAUAAGUUGUAAACUCGAAUAUCGAGCAAUAAGUGUAAAGUUGUUGGAAUAAAGAUAGGUGUAUAGCCAUUAAAUUGGACUUUUAUUUAACAAUCAGUGAUCGAACUCAUCAGUGAGUUACAGGUAGAUGAUUAUAUUAAGUAAAAUUGGCAAUUUUAUGAAAAUAUUUGGGAAGUCUAAUUAAUAGUUUAAACACAAUACGGACGACGACGAAUAUUCGUCGUACUCGGCGACGCCUUCAGACGGAUUUUCACAGAGUGUUGCCGCCGAGUAAAACACAAUACGGACGAUUUUAGUCGCAGCUAGUGUAUAUUCAGCGCUCAAAAACAUCACAAUAAAUGACGAAACCAAACAUAAACAAUUCAGACAAUUUCUUACAUUCUUUUUGAAAAUCCUUAAUAUUUUAACUCAAAAUACGACGAAUAUUCCAUCGAUAGUUAAAAUAAACGAUAGAUAGUGAGACGAAAAUAAAACUAUCGAUAGUACCAUCGAUAGUUUUGCAGCUCUAAUUCAGAGCAGUUUUUGUAAAUUUGGUAAUGAAAAUAAUCGUUCAAUGGAAGUAAUUAUUAAAAACUGUACAGACUCUCAGUCUUGGGAUGAGAGUAUGUUAAUUAAAUCCUACGGUGAAUGUGUAAAACUUGGUAACGAAGAUGUAGCAAAACGUAUAUCCAGUAACACCAAUAGCGGUGCAACAAAAAUAUUAAAAAAAGAGUCAAGUAAUUUAACUGAAUUUGAUGUGGGCGACUACGUUAGGUCCACUUACCCCGAUGAUGGUUGUGAUUAUGAAGCGAAAAUAUUAUCGAAGGACAAUUCUAAUGGAACAUGCUUGGUGAAAUAUAUUGGGUACAAUAACGAAGAAAUAGUUAAUCUAAAGGAUUUGUUACCGUCUUGGGGGAAAAAGUCACGACGUUUGCAAUUUCAACAGGUAAACACGCAAGGACGGGAAGAUCUUAACGGUAGUACUGUUAGUAGCAAAAAAAAAAUGUUAACUGAUGUUGUUCCCGCUCCUCCUCCUCUACCGCCUAUGGUAACACAAAGUAUUGGAGAUUCGGAACAUUUAUCAGCUAUGUUAAUGUCCUGGUACAUGAGUGGCUAUUAUACUGGUAUAUAUGAAGGCUUUAAACUAGCAAAACAAAAAAAAAAACUGAAUAAGUCUGAUUAGACCAUUAAUUAAAGUGUUAAAAUUAUAUACUGAGCUAUAUUGAAAUAAUAUGUUAAAUCUACAAAAGACCUAUUCCGUAUUUUUAACCAAAUCUUUACAUACAUAUGUGUGUUUAUAAAUGACAUGAAGACAAUGUAAACUAAAUAUAAAAAGUUGAAAUAAAGCAAUUUAAAGUCAAGAUCAAUAAGAAAA